CCAGCCGUGGCGGAGGGGGGGCCGGGCUUGGCUCCGCGAGGCCCGUGCAUUCCAGAGAGCCGAGCGAGCUAGAGCAACAAAGGAGCCGGGUAGUCGGCGGGGAGAAGUCGGGGGGCUGCGGCGCGCUCCGGCGAAGGUGACGGCUGGGCCCCCGGCUGGCGCGGGGGGUGGCGCCAGGGACCCAGUCCCGUACCCCCAUCCCGCGCUUGGCCUCCAUCGCGGGGCCCGGAGGUGGUUUUAAUAGUGGGAGAGAAGAUGGGUCUGGAGAUUGGGGGCCCAGGGGGCUCCCGAGGCUGAAGACCACUUGGAUCGCCAGGUGAAGGAGUAGGGAGUCGUGCAUCCCGGCCUGGGCCUCGGUCUCCCAACAUGGGCCUCGGCUUCCGAAGUUUGCGAAGUUGGGCGCCAAGGGCCCGCGGCGCGCGGAGCGUCCGGGGGAGCCGGGCACCGGACUCGUGGGGCGCACAGGUCGCCUGAGUCGCCUCCGCGGCCCCACGGGUUGCGCGUGUGGCCAGGGGGCUCCGGGGAGCGGGCGGGAGAGCCAGGACUUCUGCUGAGUUGGCGAGUUUGGCCAUGGCCGCUGCCUGCCUCCUGCGGGGGCCGGAGCUCCUGCUCCUGGGGCUGCUGCUGCUGCUGCUUCUGGGGGGCCCGGGCCGGGGGGCCGCCUUGAGCGGGAACGCGACCGGGCCUGGGCCGCGAAGCGCGGGCGGGAGCGCCAGAAGGAGCGCGGCGGUGACCGGCCCGCCGCCGCUGCUAAGCCGUUGCGGCCGGGCCGCCCCCUGCGAGCCCCUGCGCUACAACGUGUGCCUGGGCUCCGCGCUGCCCUACGGGGCCACCUCCACGCUGCUGGCCGGGGACUCGGACUCGCAGGAGGAAGCGCACGGCAAACUGGUGCUCUGGUCUGGCCUCCGGAAUGCCCCCCGCUGCUGGGCAGUGAUCCAGCCCCUGCUGUGUGCCGUGUACAUGCCCAAGUGCGAGAACGACCGGGUAGAGCUGCCCAGCCGCACCCUCUGCCAGGCUACCCGUGGCCCCUGUGCCAUCGUGGAGAGGGAGCGGGGCUGGCCCGACUUCCUGCGCUGCACUCCUGACCACUUCCCCGAGGGCUGCCCGAAUGAGGUUCAGAACAUCAAGUUCAACAGUUCAGGCCAGUGUGAGGCUCCCUUGGUUCGGACCGACAACCCCAAGAGCUGGUACGAGGACGUGGAGGGCUGUGGGAUCCAGUGCCAGAACCCGCUCUUCACGGAGGCUGAGCACCAGGACAUGCACAGUUACAUCGCGGUCUUCGGUGCCAUCACGGGCCUCUGCACGCUCUUCACCCUGGCCACUUUUGUGGCUGACUGGCGGAAUUCGAAUCGCUACCCUGCGGUUAUUCUCUUCUACGUCAAUGCGUGUUUCUUUGUGGGCAGCAUUGGCUGGCUGGCCCAGUUCAUGGAUGGUGCCCGUCGGGAGAUCGUCUGCCGUGCAGAUGGUACCAUGAGGCUUGGGGAGCCCACCUCCAACGAGACCCUGUCCUGCGUCAUCAUCUUUGUCAUUGUGUAUUACGCCCUGAUGGCUGGUGUCGUCUGGUUUGUGGUCCUCACCUAUGCCUGGCAUACCUCCUUCAAAGCCCUGGGCACCACUUACCAGCCUCUCUCAGGCAAGACCUCCUAUUUCCACCUGCUCACGUGGUCACUCCCCUUUGUCCUCACUGUGGCAAUCCUCGCUGUGGCCCAGGUGGAUGGGGACUCCGUGAGCGGCAUCUGUUUCGUGGGCUACAAGAACUAUCGAUACCGUGCUGGCUUCGUACUGUUGCCUCAAGUGCCCUGCAUGCCUUAUUUUGGAGACUACAGAAUUUUUGGCUUCCUGGCCUUUGGCUUUGUGCUCAUCACCUUCAGCUGUCACUUCUAUGACUUCUUCAACCAGGCUGAGUGGGAGCGUAGCUUCCGGGACUACGUGCUGUGCCAGGCUAAUGUGACCAUCGGGCUGCCCACCAAGAAACCCAUCCCUGACUGUGAGAUCAAGAAUCGUCCUAGCCUCCUGGUGGAGAAGAUCAACCUAUUUGCCAUGUUUGGAACCGGUAUUGCCAUGAGCACCUGGGUCUGGACCAAGGCCACCCUGCUCAUCUGGAAGCGCACCUGGUGCAGGUUGACCGGGCAGAGUGACGAUGAGCCCAAACGCAUAAAGAAGAGCAAGAUGAUCGCCAAGGCCUUCUCCAAGCGGCGAGAGCUGCUGCAGAACCCGGGCCAGGAACUCUCCUUCAGUAUGCACACCGUCUCCCAUGAUGGGCCUGUGGCAGGUUUGGCCUUUGACCUCAAUGAGCCCUCAGCUGAUGUGUCCUCUGCCUGGGCCCAGCAUGUCACCAAGAUGGUGGCUCGGAGAGGAGCCAUACUACCCCAGGAUGUGUCUGUCACUCCUGUGGCAACUCCAGUGCCCCCAGAGGAAAAAGCCAACCUCUGGCUGGUUGAGGCAGAGAUCUCCCCAGAGCUGGAGAAGCGCAUGGGCCGGAAGAAGAAGCGGAGGAAGAGGAAGAAGGAGGUGUGCCCACUGGUGCCACCCCCAGAGCUUCACCACCCUGCCCCUACCCCUGCCUCCAGCGCUGUUCCUCGACUGCCACAGCUGCCCCGGCAGAAGUGCCUGGUGGCCACGGGUGCCUGGGGAGCUGGGGAAUCCUGCCGACAGCGAGCCUGGACCCUGGUCUCCAACCCCUUCUGCCCAGAGCCCAGUCCCCUGCAGGAUCCGUUUCUGCCCAGCGCCCCUGCCCCUACAGCCUGGGCCCAGGGCCGCCGGCAGGUGCUGGGGCCCAUUCAUUCCCGUACCAACCUGAUAGAGGCAGAGCUCAUGGAUGCGGACUCGGACUUCUGAGCCAGGAGAGCAGGACCUGGGACAGGAAAGAGGAACGAAUACUGUUCCAAGGCUCAUCUUUGUCCCUGAGAGUUCUUCGCCAGGAUCUCGUCUUCCAGAGAACCUGAGGGCCCAGUGCCCUUGCAGGAGGGUUCUAUAUGUCUGGCUCAUGGCAGCCGGACUGUGGGAAAGAGCCCUGACAAAUCCAUGGGUGGACCUCACCCAGGGAAGGGCCCUGGAGCUCAUGCCCUUAUUUCUUCCCUACCAGCUGGAGUCUGGCGAGCAGCACCAGUCUGCAACAGGGUAUGCAGAGCUUCUGGUGGGGCAGUAAUGGCAGAGGUAGGGGUGACAGUACCCAGAGUGGGGCUUUGGUGGCCAGGGAGGCAGGUAAACCCAUAUCUGGCAGAUGAGUACUGGCUGCCCUUUUCUGUGCCAAUGGGUGCCCUUUCCUGGCACUCUCAGACCAAAAUGUUUAUUGUGCCACUAGCCUUUGUUUAAGUGAGAACUGGGCUCCUUUCCCCCUCUUCCAGGUGGUUAUGGUUCUAGGAGUACCUACUCCCAUAGGAGCUGUAACUUCUCUUCGCAGGUAUCCAGCUGGCCCCACCCCAGGCCAGUAACCCAUCCUGUGUUCUGCACCCUCCUUCCCCUUUCCCAUCUCGGUUCAACCAGGCCCGCUUCUUCCUGUUUUCCAUUGGUUGAUUAGGACCCAGAAGUGCAGCCUUCUCCAUCUCCAUGAGAUUGAUUCAGCUAUAGAGCCUGGCGUUGUGUAGAAGCAGUGAGUGAUGGGAGCCUCUGGGCUUCCGAGAGACACGUGUUAUCUCUUUCUCAUACCCAUCCAGCGGAGGAUGGAUUCUCCGACUUGAGGGGCUACCCUGGGAAGCUGCUGGAACUUCAGGCAGGCGGGAAAGCUUCCUUCAACUUCCACAACUGGUGGGUGAGGAGAUUUCCCACCUCUUAUAAGCCCCCGCCAUGUCCCCAGGGCCCCAGUUUCAAGAACCAGGCAGCAAGAAGCCUUAGGAGCUGGCUGGGUUCCAGAUCAGGGGAUAGGGAUGGGGAGAAGAAAUAUAAAUAGUAAA